AAACAAACUGAUACAAGGUAUUUUAUUUCCGGGGGGUGCGAUUAAAUUCGUGAAAUUGGAGUGAAACGGGGAAAUUUCGAAGCAAGGGGGAAGCUUUGGUCGAUUCGUCACCUCAGUUAUCCUGUUUGAUCGUCGACGCUUCAACUCCGUCUCUUUCUGCUCUCAGAAAAAAGCAGGGAACUUUGAAGCCAGAGCAGCGGAUAUGGGUAACGUGAACGGGAGAGAAGACGGUAGCAAUACCCUGUCCGCGGUUGAAGACGACGACGCUGAGAAUAGCUCGCGUGAAGCCAUGGCUGUUUCCGACGGCACCCAUGUCUCAAUGGGUCACUCCCCUCCUCAUAGCCCCCGAGCUACCCAGUCCCCUCUCAUGUUCGCGCCUCAGGUUCCUGUGCUUCCGCUGCAAAGGCCAGAUGAAAUUCACAUUCCGAAUCCUUCGUGGAUGCAACCGGCCUCUUCUAUCUAUGAAGAGAGCUGCAAUGAGCAAGGGAUCCCCACAAUGAUCACAUGGUGCCAUGGGGGAAAAGAAAUUGCGGUCGAGGGGUCAUGGGACAACUGGAAGACGAGGAUUCACUUGCAGAGAUCAGGGAAAGACUUUACAAUAAUGAAAGUCCUGCCGUCAGGUGUUUACGAGUACAGGUUUAUUGUGGAUGGACAGUGCAGGCAUGCCCCUGAACUGCCAUCUGCCCGUGACGAUGCCGGAAACACUUACAACAUUUUGGACCUGCAGGAGUACGUGCCAGAAGACAUAGAGAGCAUAUCAGGGUUUGAACCACCAGAGUCGCCGGAAUCAAGCUACAAGAACCUGCUGCUCGGAGGAGAGGAUUACGCCAAGGAGCCGCCAGUGGUGCCUCCGCACCUACAGAUGACGGUGCUGAACUUACAAGCGCCACCGCUGCCGAGGCCUCAGCAUGUUAUCCUCAACCAUAUUUAUAUGCAGAAGGGGAGAAGUGGCCCUUCCUCCGUCGUGGCCCUUGCCUCCACCCACCGCUUUCUUUCCAAAUACGUUACUGUCGUUCUCUACAAGUCCCUCCCAAGGUGAGAGGAGGAGAAAGCCCAAGUCAUUUCCUUUUUUAACCGAACCUUUUCACCCCCUUGUUGUUGCUGUUGUUUUUCACGCUCUUUGAUAAUAAGGUUUUGCCCCAUGCUCCAUUUUGCCACUCGUGUCUGUUAUCUCAUUCUUGAUUCUUCUCCUACCCAGGUGGCAGGUGGCAUGAAAUGAUUUAACUUGCAAAAUUCA